AUGCCUCGGAAAUACCAUCCAAAGGUCGAACAAACGGCGUCGACCUCCACCUUCACAGCAGCAUCCGAGCGGACGUUGCGCUGCACUGCGUUGUUGCCAGAUGGCAAGGAAUGCCCGCGUACGACAAAGAAGCCCGAGUAUCAAUAUUGCCGACCCCAUCAUCAGGAACACAGGAAUCUUCAUGGCGAGUACAAACGGCUGGAAGAGGAGUAUAAUGCCUUGUUGUUGGGAGAUACAGACGCCUCGGCUGCAGCACUCGCAGAGAAGAUCGCACGUGGGACACGGGUCAUCGCACUAAGGGACGAGGUUAACCGGCGGUUCUUCAGUGUCAGCCAGGGCAACAGAAAUCACGUUCGAUGGAUCCUGAAGUUAAAAAGGGAGGUCAAUAUACUGGAGGAGAGAUCCAAGAUGGGGUCGGAUAGGGCCGGUGGUGGGGGUGGGCCAGCGCAAGAAGCCCACAGUGGGCCAGCAGGCAAUUCUACGGAAAGUGAGACCCCACGUGGAAAAUCCGUUUAUCGCUCGCUCCUCUCACCGGAUGUACCGAUGUCUGAUCUAGAGCAUCUGCCGGAUGAUAGUCCGGCAAGAGCCCUGAAGACCGCCCUUGUCCAGGUUACCGAUGGAUUGAGGCAGCGACUGUAUAACAUCGUCCCUUCGCUGGAUGACUCCUCCCCGGUGAGUGAAGAUGACGAGAACGGGGAUCCACGGACGCCUGACGUCGGCGAUAAAGUGAUCAGGUUUCUCCUGCGUGAAUUGAUUCUCUGGAAAGCAGACACGGAAGUUCUUACUCUGGCGUCCGAAAUUGACAACAUUGAUACGUUUCUGCGACAGGUGCCCUGGGAGGUUGAGAACUAUAUCAAGUUCUUUGAAACCCUAGGCCGUGAGGACACCCUGCAUUUGCUUCGCGAUGCCCUCUGCGAUUGCCUGCUUCCUCCGGAUUCAUCGGGAGUCAGAAUCCUGGGCGAACGGAUCCGCACUGACAAUGAAACAAGAAAGAUGACUGUUGAAGCCUGGGACGUGUUACAUCGGUAUUUUCCUGAUUAUGCAGAUUACACAACCGUCGAUUUCUUCUGUUUCAGAUUCGAAGACGUCCUUCUCAUCAGAAGACUCAUGGCACUGCAGAGAUACUCCCCCCAGUGGUACGGCGGCGCAUGUGAAGAACUUCCCUUGCUUGUUUUUCUUGGGUUUAUUCCGGUCACUAGAGGCUACCAGGACCCUCUCAUCUCUCUCACUGAGAAGGAUGGGGUUAUUACCGCGACCCAGAACCGUUGCUACCUGGUCGGGAGGAUAAGCAAACAUGACGCCAUAACAGCGAAGCUCGUGCAAGACCUCCUUAGACGCGUCGCCCACUACAUUGUGGUGGUCUACGAGACCAGUGGCGAUGGGUGUGGACCUUCAAAAGUCGUUCACCGAACCGACAUGCUAGACGACAAUCCCUGGGUCAAGCGCAGCCGGUCGGCGGACACACAUGCGCGUCUGGACCAGACUGACUGGAGCGUCGAAUGGUCGUUGGAUAACAUCCGCAAUGAUGUACGAUUCGUGCAAUCCCACUUAGAACGCAACAUGGUUAAGGACUACGUCGAGAUAUUGAUCAUCGACAGACAUCCAGGGCGCAUGUUCAGCCUACACAGCCUUGUGAGCGAUGCGUUGACUAUGAUUCUGCAUGAUCCAAGCGAAGAAGAGAUCAUGAGAAGCGCCAUUCGCAAGUCAAUUCCCGAAGCCGAACAAACACGUUGGAUAGAUGCUUGCUCGUUGGAAUGUGCAUCUACCGAAGAUAGACACGUCGGCGACGUUCACUACGAAGGCGCUCGAGUCCGAGCAUGGGACGUGCAGCGGGAACAGCGAAACCUGAUUCGUGGCUCGCUGGAGUUUGUGCCCUCACUGCGAGGCCGCCGGCUGAUUUGCAAAAUCCUAGAUCAGAUGGAGGCCAGCGGAAUAAUCAGCCGACUCACAGAACCACACAAAUCCUACUCCAGACCUAUUCUCCUGCAUGGAACCGACGGCCUGGAAGACCUCUACUUCCACUAUGAUUUUGGUCCCGUUGAUGAGAAUGCUCUCGCACUAGGGCCCCUAGGCACUGCUACAGCACCCGACUCACUAAGCCGAUUCGCUCGCGCGUUCCAGGCGGCGCACCCAGGCGCGAUCUUUGCCAAAGGAAGGGUCAACGUUCACUACUGCGCGUGGCCAAUGGCUCCGGUAUUCCCGGCUCGGAUGGGUGUUCCUACUUUCCACACGAGCGAGGGCUAUGUAUAUCGGUGGAAUGUUCUUCCAUUCGACUUCCCCCUCUCCCAGCGCGUGUGGCAGGGCUUCGUUAAUCAUACCAUCAACAAGGGGGUUUUCUAUACCGCCACGCCGGCGGGGCGGCAGAUGCGGGCCCAUCGUAUCCGCGGAUCGGUUCUGUUGGUGGCCAGUAUGAGCGUGUUGAUCGCUAACAAGGGGAUGAACUCGUCCAUGUAUAACUCCUCCUAG